UUGGCGGGUUUGCGCUGACGUCAGCCCCAUCAUGGCGGCGCCCUCGUGUUGUGCAUGUGUGUGAAAGUGUGUGACAAAACACAGACAACUACACGAGAUGAAGAAGAAGAAGAUGAAGGUGCAGAAGGGCAGCGGGCGGCGGGGGAUCGUGGUGCGGGGCCGCUGGAGGCCGGUGGAGGUUGACCCCGGGCUGUUCUCGGAGCAGGGGCUCGACGGCCUGGUGUGCUUCGAGGAGCUCACCGAUUACUCCCUGGUGGAGCCCGAACGGGCCGUCGCCGUGCGCGAGACCACACCGAAAGACAAGAAGAAGAAGAGGAAGGCCAGCGAGGUCGAGGCUGAAGAGCAGUCUGACGCUGAUGAGGAGACGAUGAAGAGGCAGAAGAAGAACGAGCCGGACGAGGAGACUGAGGAGGAGCAGAUCUCACAGGACGAGUGUGCUGACGUGACUCCAGAAACACAACACAACUCAGCCAAGAAGAAGAAGAAGAAGAAGAAGAAGAAGAAGCAGAAGCAGCAGCCAGCGCCUGCAGACGCCCCGGCCGAGGGCCAGAAGAAGAGCCGGAACUGGAGCGCGGCGGCCGGCGACCCCGAGGCUCCGAUGACAGACGUGUCCGCGUGGAAAGACCUGUUGGUCCCGCCGCCGGUUCUGAAAGCUCUCAGUGCGCUGGGGUUUGCGGCCCCGACCCCCAUCCAGGCCCUGGCACUGCCACCCGCCAUCCGGGACCGCCUGGACGUGCUGGGAGCGGCCGAGACCGGCAGUGGGAAGACGCUGUGUUUCGGUAUUCCGAUGAUCCACAUGAUUCUGGAGUAUAAGGAAGCAUCGAGCCACGAGCAGACGGAUGAAGGCAGGAACCCUGAUGAUGCAGAGACGCGUGUGGAGAGUCUGUACCUGCCGUCAGACACGAGCCGUGAGGACGAGGACUGCAGCGCUGAUGGAGGAGCGGGUGAAGAGGACUGCAGCGCUCCUGCUCCUGAUGGAGGACCGGGUGACCCUGUGAGCGCUGUUGAAGCUGGAGCUGAUGACCCUGUGAGCGCUGAUGAACCGCAGAAGCAGCCGCUGCUCGGUCUGAUCUUGACCCCCACCAGAGAGCUGGCCGUUCAGGUCAAACACCACAUCGAUGCCGUGGCUCGCUUCACAGGUAUCAAGACGGCAUUAGUGGUGGGUGGGAUGGCGAUGCAGAAGCAGCAGCGGAUGUUGAUGCGACGGCCCGAGAUCAUCAUCGCCACACCAGGACGCCUGUGGGAGUUGAUCAAAGAGAGACACACACACCUGCAGGACCUGCGACAGCUGCGGUGUCUGGUGAUCGACGAGGCGGACCGCAUGGUGGAGAAGGGCCACUUCUCGGAGCUGGAGAGUCUGCUGGAGAUGCUCAACACGUCUCAGUUCAGCCCGCGGCGGCAGACGUUCGUGUUCUCCGCUACGCUAACGCUAGUGCACAGCCUGCCGCCGCGGCUGACGCAGAAGAAGAAGAAGAGGGCGGAGCAGCGCAGCAAGCUGCAGAUCCUCAUGGAGAAGGUGGGCAUGAGGGCCAAGCCCAAGGUCAUCGACCUGACGCGCAAGGAGGCCACGGUGGAGACGCUGACGGAGAGCCGCAUCAGCUGCACCAAGGAGGACAAGGACCUGUUCCUGUACUACUUCCUGCUGCAGUUCCCGGGCCGCACCAUGGUGUUCGCCAACAGCAUCGACUGCAUCAAGCGGCUGACGGCACUGCUGCAGAUCCUGGACUGCGCCCCGCUGUGUCUGCACGCCAACAUGCACCAGAAGCAGCGGCUCAAGAGCCUGGAGCGCUUCGCCCAGAAGGACAGUUGUGUUCUGCUCACCACAGACGUCUCGGCUCGAGGGCUGGACAUCCCCAACGUUCAGCAUGUGAUCCACUAUCAGGUUCCGCGCACCUCUGAGACGUAUGUCCACCGCAGCGGGCGCACGGCUCGGGCCGCUCGAGAGGGUCUCAGUCUGCUGCUGAUCGGGCCGGACGACCUGAUGAACUUCAGGAAGAUCUGCAGGACGCUGGACAAGAGCGAAGACCUGCCCGUGUUCCCCGUGCAGAGCAAGUGCAUGGCGGCCAUUAAAGAGCGUGUGACUCUGGCCAGGAGGAUCGAGAAGAUGGAGUUCUUCCACAGCCGGGAGACGCAGCACAACUCCUGGGUCCGGCAGGCGGCCGAGGCCAUGGACAUCGACGUGGACGACGACCUGCUGAUGGGAGGCGUUAAAGAUGAGGAGGAUGACCGUGAGCAGCAGAAGCUGAUGAAGAGCCUGAAGAACCAGCUCAAGCAGCUGAUCUCCCAGCCGGUCUUCAGACACCAGAUGAAGACCAGAUACCCCACGCAGAUGGGCAAACUGACCCUGCCUCAGCUGCCCCUCGCCACCGCCGACACUGCCCUCGCCAGCGUGAGCCGCGACAGGAGCAGCGCCACACUGCAGCGCUGACGGGGUCAAACAGAGGAUGGCGGGACCUCUGGGACUUUCCAAUCAUCUGAAUCCUGUCAGGAAGCAGAGGGACGUCUGGGACUGAAGAUCACGACCCCGCUGAGAGACGAGGAGUGCGUCCAGUGUUCUGUGUCUCGUGGUGUCCUCUUCAUGGGCUGAUCUGUGCCCUUUGUAAAUGACUGCCGUUAGAAGUGUAUUGAACACAGACCUGAUGUUUAUAUAUAAGAAAUAAUCAACCAGAGAUCUUGUAGACUUGGUUUUAAAGAAAGUUUUUCUUUAGUUAACUCAUAUUUUCUCCAUUUGGACGUUUCACUCAAACAUUCUCACAUGUUUUACUCCCGUCGUUUCUAACCCAUGUGACCGCCGCUUAAAGGGUUAAUUCACCCAAAAAUGAAAAUUCUGUCAGUAUUUACUCGCCCUCAUGUUGUUCCAAACCUCUAUGUGUUUAUUUUUUUUUUCUGCUGAACACAAAGGAAGAUAUUUGGAAGAAUGUUUUAAUCAAACAGAUCUCAUUCCCCAUUGACUACC